GGCCGGACGUGUGUUUCGCGACGGUUUCGUUGCUUCCGCAUUCGCGUAAACUGAAUUUGCAUGGCUGCGUAAGUUUUUAAACUUCGCGCUUGUGACGUCACGCGUUUUAAUCAUCGACUCGCUUUUUAAACAUUGCAUUUGUUAAAACUAAUACAAGUGAUUCAAUAUUUAUGUGUAAUUUUUAAUAUUAAUAAAAUUAAAAGAUAUUGUGUAGUGAGUGUCACUGUGGGUGGAUAUAUUUUUUACUAAGUUAUAACUAAGUUACAAAUGGUCUAAGUGAUUAAGCUAAGAAUUGUGAUAAGUGGCCGUGUACCUUACAUUGGGGAAGUUGUGUAGUUCAAAUUAUUUGAUGCUUGGAGAGAAAUGGGGUCGAAAUGUAACGUAAUUCAACCGGAUCGAGUGUUUAAUUAAUAGACGAGAACAAUGGAUAGGAGGGAGGAGGUGCAUCGUCACGGAUGCAGCAUUGCCAAGCAAACCAUACUGACGACGCAUCCCAGCGGUUUGCAGACUCGGGUCUCAGUGGAGUUGGCCAAUUUCGACGCGUUAUGCGUCCAUUCUGAAUGCAAAGGCCCUACGAAGAAAGCGAUGUGGGAAGGUAGCCCUUUCAUGGGCAGACGGUUACUGGGUGGGGUGUCUGCUCACGGGACGCCUGUUUUGGGGCGUAGGAGUGAUAUAGUGAAUGAAGGGAGGCUGUCGCAGCAAUGUACUCCUGUUAUGAGGAGGCGUGAGGUGGUGAGCCCAGGUGGCUCUCCCUUGCCAGUGAGGAGGGGUGAUUGUGAGGAGUUGGAGGAAGGCUGUGACGUGGACAACAGCGUCAUCAGUGGAUGGCUCAAGUUUCGGGACAACAAGCGGUGGAAGUCCCGAUGGGGAGUCGUAACAAAAUUGUCGCCGGCUGCAGAUUGUCUUCAUCUCCAACUUUAUCGGGAACCAAAAGACCGCUACAAAAAAGGACAGACGAAGGCCUCUCUUUCACUCCAACACUUCCUUGGUUUCGAAUCUGGCUUCACUUUAGACAAAGAAUCAAAUACUAUUGCCAUUAUCUGUCAAGAUGUGACAGUAGUUUUAGCUUUUGAAACCAGAGAGAGGCUGAUUGCCUGGCAGGUUAAAGUUGGGGGCCAGUUGGGAUCCUCGAAGGAGUUUUUAGUAAUGAUCGGUAGUGGAGGAUCGAGGAAGUUACCUGCUGGACCAGCACGACUACAUCUACAAGGGAGAAGAUUUGCAUUGACGAGUGGAGUUCCACCACGUCUUUUAGGGUUAUGGGAGCUGGCACACUUGAGGCGCUAUGGUGUAGUGGAAGGAAGAUUUUGUUUUGAAGGUGGUUCCCACUGUGGUAAAGGGGAAGGCCUCCAUAUGCUUAUUACCGACCAGGCUCAAGAUAUAACAGACUCGUUCGACAUGGCUGCUCAAGGAAAUUUUUCUUUACAACGCAAUGCUACUUCUAGAAAAGGUACUGAAAAAGUGAAAUCACGUCCUAAUACUCGGCUUUCUGACCUAAACACCAUUGAUCAAUCAAUACCUGAUACAUCAAGUGGUUUGUAUGAAGAGAACUUCUUUGGAGAAGACUGUGGCGGUGUUUCACCAUAUUGGCCUUCUGACGAGAGACGAGGCUACGAUGAUAAUGAUAUAGAAAUUAAUCCUAAACCAUUAUGGGGUGGUGCUGAUCAUGUAACUUUAGAACGGUGUACAAACUGUCUUACAAAGCUCGGUGCUAUAUCUCGUUCGUCAACUGUCGCUCUUACACCUGGAACCCAUUUUAAUCCUGCCUGGACUAUGGAAGCGGUCCCUGAAAGUAGUUCAGACAAUUCAUCAAACAGUACAGAAUAUUUAACCCCAAAAGCUAUCAAAAAAACAUUAGAACCAUGUCAGUGUAAUGAAAAACCUCCACAAAGACCACCGAAGCCGUCACAUUUGGACCACAAGAAUCCUACAGCACCAGCACCAUCACCAUUGCGGAAUUGUUCCUGUUCUAAAAGUGAUAAUGUUUAUACAAAUAACCCUAAAGUGGGCCCUUAUGAAAAUUAUGAUGUCCCUAAAACUACCCACACUGAAGUGGACAAAGUCGAGUAUUACGAUACACCAAAAAGAAUACAACAAGUUUUGGCUGAUGAUCUUUUUCAAGUUGCUAGCAAUCCUAGUCCUGGCUCUUUAGUACUAAAGAAAAAUUGUGGUUGUAUUUUAAAAAUUGGUUCAAGAAAAAAACCCGUAGUAGUAGAAUGCGAUGAAAAUAUUCAACCUGUGGAGUGUCCAUGUCAAAAAGUAACGAACUGGGCAAACAAUUUAAUAAGUCUUCCUUAUUGUAAAAGAAAUACUAACAGUGUAAUAAAUACAGAAAUAUUAAACAGUCAAAAGUCUGAUGAGAUGGCAUUAUACGCCACUGUAGACGUUUCCCGGAAAACUAAUAGACAAAGUGGCUCAAUUGUAGAACAAGAUCAUAAACAUUCUAAUGUUGAAGAAAACUACACAAAUUAUCAAAACAUAGAACCUAAAGAAGAAAAGGAAUUUGAAGGUUCAUAUGCGAAUUAUGAAAAUCUUGAAUUUGCCUUGUCGCUAGAGUAUUAUGAAAACGCAAAAGAUUUACUGAAGAAAGCUGGAGUGACGCAGACGGAAUUAGAUGCACUGAGUGCAAAUAUAGAUAUUGCCACAAACGUUAUGCCUAAAAAGUCACGGCUUUGUUCUAAAUGUGGCCAUUCACAAACAGGUUUACAUAAAACACAAGAGGGCCUUAAAACUAAAACGGAUGAAUAUUUGCUCAUGGAACCAUCGUCAGAUAUAAAACGUGAUAACUGUAACCGAGUUCUUGGACUUAAUCCAGGAUAUACACCAAUGUUACCAAAUCCUAAUUGGUCACAAAGUUUAAAACAUCCUUUACACAAAAUUAAUCGCGUUGAAAUAGAAAAAUCUUUAAGUAUACCCACAUUAAAUGGCAGUUGCAGUAGAUCGAGUAAUCAAAGUAUGGUAGGUAAUAAUAAUAAAGAAGCUAUGCAAAAACGAUCGAGUUCAGUAGAUUCAGCCAGGCUUCUAGAAGAUUUGAAAGAACUGGACAGUAGUAUUGGCAGCCACGCGACUUCUUCGUCAUUAGAAACACUGAGAAAUUUGGCAGUUGAAAAUAGAAGAUCAUCAUCUCCUUGCGAUAAUGAUCGGGAAUGUUAUGAAUGUUGCAAAUCAUCUGGUUCGGAAAAUAAAACUUCAGAAGAAGGUAGUACAAAAGAAAUACCACAUUUGAGAAAUAAGCUUAUGGACAAUGCACAAAUAAAAAGGUCAUCUAGCGUUCCCUGCAAAUCGGGUGGCAACAGAGAUUCUUCGAGUUCAAACGACUCAGGAGUUUCUAGUUGUUCUUUAAAACAUGGUGGAGGGGAAUUUAACGAAUUUGAAAUGCCUUUAACUUCUGGUCAAUCCAGAUAUCAUUAUAUGAUGCAUAAAAGAAUGAGAGGUAGUUUAUCAGGAUGUGUUCAUUCGUCUUUACCACGAAAGUCAAAGUCAUCAGAUCCAUUGAGGGACAUGUCCAUGCAGCUACACAAAACAAAUGUACCAGCCAAAUCCUCAUCUGCUGAAGCUGAAGUUCCUGUACUGCCACCAAAACAAUUAAAAGGCGUAGUGGAUACACACAGUACAUCGAGUGGAACGUCCGAUAUGUCGGACUAUAUAGAAACACUGUCUAUGACGUCGUCCCACUCCUCGUCUGAUACUCCCACUGGCAUAAGACUGAGUCGUCAACCCACUAGUACACUGCGGCCACGGUCAGGCAAGGAAUAUCACAAUCUGGACCCAAUCCUGACCUCUAUGUAUAAGAGUGGAAAAGAACUGGCUAAUUACACAAACUUACCUUAAUUUUAAGAUUGUUAAUUUCAUUAAGAGUUUUUAGAUUUGUAUCAAAGAGUUCUCAUGUAUACCUAAGUACAGUUUAUUGACUCGAGUUACUUCAGAUUCCGUUUUUCAUUUUUUUAGCAAACAUAAAAAGGAUAAUUAAAAACUGAGCAAAAAUAAUGAGGGGAAAAAGAUUGUCAUUUUGAGUACAUGAUACAAAAUUGUAUUCAGUUAUGUAUUGUAAAUUAAUUAUAUAUCUAGUUUUAGUUAUUAUAACUGAAAUAAGAAACGUCUGAAUGAAAUAUGAUUAGCAUAUAUUAAGUUAUGUAGAGAGACUAUGUACCUAAUGGGAAUGGGAUAAAAUGUGAUUAUAA